GGUAGAACACUUCAGCUUCAAGUUGUUCCAGCUCCUCAGGAGUCUUGCUAAAUUGCUAAUUUUCCUACACUGAGCUGGAACUUCAUUCCUUCAGCCUCCCGGAGGGCUGGGAUUACAGGUGUGCACUACCCCUUCCUAUAAUUUUCAUACCCAUCGAGGAAACAUUGUCUGGGUGAUAUUAGGAAAGGAAAUGACUUAGUAUUCUGGACUACUAUGGCCUGUUUGGAAGAGAGGGAUGAUUCUUCUGUCUCACUGAUAUCUAGCAGGCCCUCACUAUGUGCUCUAUUCCAUUUUUCUGUGUCUCCUCUCAGGCUCCUGAGAAGCUGAGGGGAAAUGGAACAUGGCUGGUGACAGAAUUUGUGCUGGUGGGAUUCUCCAACCUCCCACACCUGAGGACCACCCUCUUCACGUUGUUCCUCCUCACCUACCUGGUCACCCUCAGUGGCAAUGUCACCAUCAUCACCAUCAUCCAUGUGGAUGGGACCCUGCACACGCCCAUGUACCGCUUCCUGGCGGUGCUGUCCCUCUCUGAGACCUGCUACACGCUGGUCACCAUCCCCAAUAUGCUGGCCCACCUGCUGAUGGAGAGCCAGGCCAUCUCCAUCCCCGCAUGUCGGGCUCAGAUGUUCUUUUUCCUGGGCUUGGGAUGCAGUCACUGCUUCCUCCUUACCCUGAUGGGUUAUGACCGGUAUGUAGCUAUCUGUCACCCCCUGAGAUACUCAGUGAUCAUGAGACCCACUGUCUGCCUCUGCCUGGGAGCCUUGGUUUUCUGCUCUGGGUUCUCAGUGGCCUUGAUUGAGACCUGCAUGAUCUUCUCCUCACCCUUCUGCCGUGGGGACCGCGUGGAGCACUUCUUCUGUGACAUCGCCCCGGUGCUGAGGCUCAGCUGUACCCAGAGUGCUCGCAAAGCCCUGGGCAUCUUCUUCCUGAGUGUCCUUGUGGUGCUGGUCUCUUUCCUCUUCAUCCUGCUGUCCUACGCCUUCAUCGUGGCUACCAUCGUGAGGAUGCCCUCAGCCACCGGCCGCCACAAAGCCUUCUCCACCUGUGCCGCCCACCUCACCGUGGUCAUUGUGCAUUUUGGCUGUGCAGCCAUCAUCUACUUGCGUCCGGACUCUGGGGCCAACCCUGAACAGGAUCGCCUGGUGGCGGUGUUCUACACGGUGGUGACACCGCUGCUGAACCCUGUGGUGUACACCCUGCGCAACAAGGAGGUGAGGGUGGCCCUCAGGAGGACCCUGACUCGUGACUGUGGAGGUUUGCGGUAAGGACUAGGUGUCCCUCAUUCAUGGCACACUAAAUUUUCAAUAACCCCUGUCACUCUCGAGACUCAGUUUCCCCACCUAGAAAAUAGGGACGCGUCUCAUACCAAGUGAAAUAGACUGUUGUCUAAUAGUGCCUGACAGUAGCAUAAAUUCAAUAAAACGUGUCUUUUCCUUGUCUUUGCUUCCUUGACUUUGCUUCCGGUUAUAUGAUCUAACAGUGCCUAACUCUGGCCAGGCGAGGGCGUCACUGAGCCUGCCCCAGUUUGGUCAACCCUGGAGAGCGAGUUAGGUCAGUAGAGAAGGACCAACACUAUGUUUAGCAUCCUUGCAUUUUGUCUAGGAAGUUCUUUUUUGUUUUUGGUCGC